AUGUAUCCUUUGGAUUAUUACAUAACCAAGUUCAUCUUUUCAUUCGUCGGGAUCAAUAUUCUUGUUGAAACAUUAGAUAUAUUAUAGAAAUAAAAACUGUUGAACAGCAUUUUUCGAGGACAGAUUGAAGUAGUAAUUGGAUAUAUUUAUAUUUGAGUGAAGAAAACAAACCAUUACAAAUAAAGGAUAGUCGUUCAGCAUUAUGGUUCAAGUGUGGAAGGUGGUGUAAUAAGAAAUCAGAUAACCAUGGAACUAGAUUAUAAGUGGACACCUGAAGAUAUCUUCGCGAAAGGUAUGACCACUAAAGAAGAUCUGGAGACUAUAAAAACUUGGUUGUUGACUUUGAAUGAUGAGUAUUUGCCACCAAAUAUUCAAGAUCAUUUGUUGGUGUUGUUUCUGAUCUCUUGCGUCAAUAAUAUAGAACUAACCAAAAAAACAAUACUUAGCUACUACAAACUGAAGCAACAUGCACCUGAAAUUUUUGACGACAGGAAUCUAAAGAGAAGCGAAUUGCAAACCGCAUUGAAUACAAUUCACCUUUCUAGUAUACCAGUUCGAACAGAUGAAGGUGAUGUAAUCCACUAUUUCAAAUUGAAUGAUAGCAACUAUAACAAUUUUGACCUAGUACAAGCUAUGAAAGUUUCGUAUAUGAUAAUGGAUGUAACUCAUGAAAAAAAUCCACCUCCUGGACUCAUUGUUCUGAUAGAUAUGAAAGGGUUUGGCUUGAUGCAUAUGACAAAAUUAAAAAUUGGAGCAGUUAAGAAAUAUUUCUCUUUCUUACAGGAAGCUCUUCCCCUAAGAAUGAAGGAAAUUCAUAUUUUGAAUAGCGUUUAUUUUAUAGAUAAAAUUUUAGCCCUGAUAAAAGUAUUUAUGAAGAGUGAACUGAUGGAUUUGGUUCAUUUUCACUCGCCAGGUAUCGAACAAGAGAAAAUGUUUGAAAUAGCUCCAAAAAAGUGUUUGCCAAAAGAUUACGGUGGUGACCUUCCGUCUGCGAGCGAACUCCAUGACAUCACUUUACAACAAUUCAAGGACCGACAAGAGUUUUGGAACAUUGAGGAAAUGAUCAGGAAAGAAGCUCCCAUUUGGAAAAAGAGUUGAUUUUGAUUGAGCCCUUUAGAAAACACCCUUUUCAAAACCCCAUGAUGAGUCUUCAUUAAUUGCUGAACAUGGUUUUUUCUUAUUCGACCCUUAUUUAGAAUAAUCAUGUUUCCACAGAGAGGUAUUUUUUCUUUAUUGAAUAUAAUGAACAAAUAAUAUAGGAAAUUGAAUUCAAA